AUGAACUGUAUUAAUGAAGUCAAUGCUCGCAGUACGCCAGCUGAGGUAUUUCCUGUUGCAGAGACGUACCCUCAACUUCUGGAAUAUCUAGCCCUGCCAGAUGCUGAGACAGGUCGCCAUGCCCAAUCAUCACAGUUCAAGCACCAACUGGAAAUGGCGAUGAAAGAAAUUGAAUCAAAUCGGGCAUCAAUGCGAGACAAGGCGAACAUCCGAGAGGACUAUUCACGAUUACAGCGCGAGAAUGCACAGAUCAAAGAGUACCUUGAUUCUAGGCAUUCACCCCGAAAUUCUGCCAUUCCCAGCCCUUCGACGGUUUCACACAACAUCAUCUCAAGACCGGCGUCUGAGCAAAGGGGGAAGGCUUGGGACAGCCUCGCUCUUGACAUGUUUUGA